GUGGAGCUGCCAUCUGGUGAAGACAACCAGCGACAAGCUACCGCAUCCAGUGGGAUGUUGGCCGUCAAGACACACGUCGAGUUCUCGGCUGUUGCCAGGGACUCGUCGCAGGACCACUUCGCCGUGCUCGUGCACGUGAAGGCUCCGGGAGUAAUCGUUAACGAGGCGGCAGCCGGAGAUCGAGAUGCGCCGCGCGCUCCACUCGACCUCGUGACGGUGCUGGACGUGAGCGGAAGCAUGCGCUGGGACAAGCUUGCCCUGGUGAAGCAGGCCAUGGGGUUCGUCAUCGGCAGCCUCGGCCCGCACGACCGUCUCAGCGUGGUGUCCUUCUCGUCCGGGGCGCGCCGCGUGACCAGGCUCCUGCGCAUGUCGCACACCGGGAAAAGUCUCGCCACAGAGGCGGUGGAGUCCCUCAGAGCGGGCGGCGGCACCAACAUCGCCGAGGGGCUCCGGACAGCCGCCAAGGUACUCGGCGAGCGCCGGCACCGGAACGCCGUCUCCAGCGUCAUACUCCUCUCCGACGGCCACGACAACUACAGCAUGCCGCGGCGGGCGCGGGGCGGUGUGCCGCCCAACUACGAGGUGCUGGUGCCACCGUCCUUCGUGCCUGGCACCGCCAGCACCGGUGAGGGGUCGGCGCCCAUCCACACCUUUGGUUUCGGCAACGACCAUGACGCGGCGGCGAUGCACGUGGUGGCCGAGGCCACCGGCGGGACGUUCUCUUUCAUCGAGAACGAGGCGGUCAUCCAGGACGCGUUCGCGCAGUGCAUCGGCGGGCUGCUCACCGUCGUGGCGCAGGAGGCCCGCGUCGCCAUCGCCUGCGGGCAUCCCGGAGUCCGUAUCAGCUCGGUCAAGUCCGGGCGUUACGAGAGCCGCGUCGACGAGGACGGCCGCUCCGCGUCGAUCGCCGUCGGCGAGCUCUACGCGGAUGAGGAGCGGCGCUUCCUACUGUUCUUGACUGUUCCACCUGUGGAAGCAACGGACGGCGAUGACACUCUUCUUCUGAAAGCUCGUUGCAGCUACCGAGAAGCCGCCGGUGGCACGCACGUGGACGUGACGGCGGAGGACACGGUGGUGGCGAGGCCGGAGCACGCGGCGGACGCGGAACGGUCAGCCGAGGUGGUGCGGGAGCGCGAACGGGUGGAGGCGAUCGAGGACAUGGCGGCGGCUAGGGCGGCCGCGGAGCGGGGCGCGCACCAGGAGGCUGCGGAGAUACUCGGGAACCGGGGGCGAGCCAUGGCACGGGCGGCGGAGCGAGUCGGCGUCUACCGCAACGGGCUGGGGCCGCUGCGGGCCGAGGUGAGGCACAUGAGAAAGCGCGUGGCGAACCGGGAGAGCUACGAGCGGUCGGGGCGCGCGUACGUGCUCGCCGGCCUGAGCUCGCACGAGCAGCAGCGCGCGACCACGAGGCAGCUGCGCCCCCUGCAGAGUGUGGUGCAGCCCUCGGCGGGCAGCGUUGGCGGUGCGGAGGCGACCAACUCGGAGGCUGAUGCCGGCGAUGUGGAGGCGUUGGACUUGGACACGGACUUGAUGGAAUAUUCCGAUGUCGGUGGACCGGCCGGCGAGGCAGGGACGUCCAACGCUGCAUCGGCCGAUGCGGCGUCGAACGAGGCGGAGGCGGCGGCGUCGUACCUGACCCCGGCCAUGCGCGCCAUGCUGUUGCGGUCGCGCCAGGCUCGGGAGGCGGCGGCUGAGCAGCAGCAGCAACCGAAGGCUGCAGAAGAAGCGGAGAGCUCUGCUGCAUCGAAGGAAGUGGCGGAGCAGUAG